AUGUCGGCACCCCGUCUACUGCAUCUCGCCCGCCGGGCUCCCGCGCCUGCGUCGCGCCUCGUGGGUAGGCGAUUCCAGUCAACGGGAGGAGACGACAAGUUCAAGAAGAGUUUCCACGGUCAAUUGUACGAGUCUACCGCGCGACGUGUUCAGGCAGAGCGGAUGCAGCAGUCUAGGAGGAUACCCGGCGGAGAUGAUGCAAAGGUUGCGAGCGGAGGGACAAUCAGUCGCAUAUUCACUCUGGCAUUUGUCGCCGGUGGAUUCUACUACCUGGGAACCCUCUCACAACCCGGUCUCCCCACAACCUCCACCUCUCCGCUCUCCUCCGUCACACCCCCGGCGCACAACCUCUCAAAAUCCAACCUCCAGUCCUCAUGGACAGAAUUUGUCCGCCUCCUUGGUGCCGACCAUGUCUCUACGCGUACCGACGAUCUAGCAACCCACUCGACCUCCUCCUGGUCAACGCACCAGAAUCCGCCCGACACCAUCCCGUUCCUCGUCGUCUAUCCCAGCACCACCGAAGAGGUCUCGGCCAUCGCAAAGAUCUGCCACGAGCGGCGCAUCCCCAUGACCGCCUUCUCCGGGGGCACGUCUCUAGAGGGCCACUUUGCGCCGACCAGGGGCGGCGUGUGUAUCGAUUUCUCGCGCAUGGACAAGAUCCUUAGCAUCCACAAGGAUGACCUUGACGUUGUUGUGCAGCCCGCCGUAGGCUGGGAAUACCUCAACGAGAUACUCGCUGCCGACGGCCUUUUCUUCCCGCCGGAUCCUGGCCCGGGCGCGCAGAUCGGCGGUAUGGUAGGCACCGGCUGUAGCGGCACUAACGCGGCGAAAUACGGGACGAUGAGGGAGUGGGUCCUAUCCCUUACUGUAGUGCUCGCCGACGGAACAGUGAUCAAAACGCGCCGGCGUCCCCGAAAGUCAAGUGCAGGAUACGACUUGACGAGGAUGUUCAUAGGCUCCGAAGGCACGCUUGGGCUGGUAACAGAGGCCACCUUGAAACUGGCCGUGACGCCGGCAUCAGAAAGCGUGGCUGUGUCGUCCUUCCCAAGCAUCAAGGCUGCAGCGGAAAUGGUCGCGGAGGUGAUUGGCAAGGGAAUUCCCAUUGCCGCAAUCGAGAUUCUGGACGAUGUAAUGAUGAAGUGCAUCAAUGAUUCCGGCACUAGUGCAAGGAACUGGAAGGAGGAGCCUACGCUCUUCUUCAAGUUUGCCGGCACCGCUGCAGGCGUUAAGGAGCAGAUCGCCCUCAUCAAGGCCAUUGGAAAGACCCAUGGGUCUAAGAGCUUCGAGUUCGCGCGAACCAAGGAGGAAGAGCAUGACCUCUGGUCGGCACGAAAGGAGGCAUUGUGGAGUAUGAUGGCACUCAAGCGUGCCGAUGAUGACCAUGUAUGGACGACCGACGUUGCGGUCCCAUGUCACGGCUCGCCGAGAUAA